CAGCCAGUUGAUAAAGGGUGGAGAUGAAAGCAGAGCGGGUCAUAUAACACCAGUUUUAGAAGAACGCCCAAGAGAAGAAGACAGAGAUGGACCACUCCCCAAGUCUGAGCUUCUUGCUUCUGGCCUUCUUGGCUGCCCAGGGGGGCUCCGGGGGCGCCCUACGCAGCCAGAUUGUCGGGGGGCACGAAGCCCCGCCACACUCUCGACCUUACGCGGCAGCUCUGAAAGUAAAUGGCCGCUUUGGCUGCGGGGGCUUCUUGGUGGCCCCUCAGUGGGUGAUGAGUGCAGCCCACUGCAACGGAGAUAUCCUCGUCAUUUUGGGAGCCCACGAUUUGGAUGCAGUAGAAGAAACCCAGCAAGUGUUCGGCGUUGAAAGCUACCAUGUGCAUCCAGACUACAAGCUACCUGUUGAUACGCCAUACAAUGAUAUCCUUCUCCUAAAGCUGGAUCGCGAAGCCAAGCUCAACAAGUAUGUCCAAGUCAUUCCUUUACCCCAGACUGAGAACUAUCUCCCCAAAGACACCGAGUGUGUCGUCGCAGGCUGGGGACGCAUCGAUGCCACGCGUGACGUCUCAUCAAAGCUUUUUGUGACCAACGUCACGCUCCCUGACCGUAGGAAGUGCCUGCAGUUCUUCCCAGAACUCACCGACGGGAUGGUUUGUGCAGGAGUUCGCUCCAAACUCUGCGACGUCAGCAAUGGGGAUUCCGGAAGUGCUCUGGUGUGCAACGGAGCAGCCCACGGGAUAGUCUCCUACGGCUACCAGGUGCCCCCGUCCAUUUACACCCGUGUGGCUAAUUACCUUCCUUGGAUCAGAAAGGUCAUGGAACAAGGCCCGGAAAUGCAAAAACCACCAGCCUUCUGAGCCACCUUGAAAUCAAUCACACCUUUUGCUGAGCUGCUUUGUGUCUCCGUUGGAGUGAGUUAUGUGAGCCUGAUUCAGCAAGACUGGCAUGAUAUCUGAACAAGAGACAUGGCCAGUUCUUAUUCUGAGUUGGGGGGCUGUUGAUGUCCCGAUGCUAUCCAAUCAGUGCCUUCCACUACUGGCUUUUGUUACCAGCUUUCAGAACACCCUUCCCUUUUCCUCUGGACCAGUUCUUUAAGCAUCCCUUUAAUCAGUGAUGUGUAACGAACUAGUAAAGCCCAGGCAAAAGCAACCGUUAUGAGUUCUUUAUUGAGCUGGCCUUCUUAGUCGGAAACAAGCGAUGCGAGAACUGAAACCCAGAUCUUGAUCAACAGCUUUUAC